GUGAAAACUGGCUUUGGGCUUUUACGUGCGGAUUUAAGUGCCUUGUAUAGUAAAUAACCACAAUUUACUCCUCUGCAAAGCUGUAUCAUUAACAUCAGCUUGGGCAUGGAAAGGUAGCACAUUUAAUGAUAAAUAAUGACAGCUCUGGAAGAGGAUCUGAGGGCUCUGCACUUGAGUCUUGACUGCAGUGAGAAUGCGAUGAAAUGUCCAAGGCAAAGAUCUGCACGGCGAAGUAAUGGUUCUUCAGCGCAUCAUAUGAAUCAUGACUCAUCCGACAUCCUUUAUUUAAGCAGACAGAAGCUGAAGGUCAUACCAGACUAUGUGUGCAAGGACACCUCUCUCAAGAAUUUGUAUCUUGAAGGAAAUGAGUUAUCCAGUCUCCCAGACAAUCUGUUCAGCAGUCUGCCACAUUUGCUUUGGCUGGAUCUGAGAAAUAACCAGCUCACGUGUCUACCUGCUGAUAUCGGUCACCACAGACGCUUGAAAACAUUGCUGCUGGAGGGGAACCCUAUUACAGAACUUCCAGUAGAGUUAGGUAACAUGAUCACACUACGAGCUUUGAGCCUGAGGAACUGUCCUGUCUCGUUCCCGCCACAGGAAGUGCUGCAGCAGGGUCUCACACACAUCUUGCAGUUCCUGCGCCGCACAGCCGUGGCUCAGUGGCCCCUCAGCGUGCACAGCGCACACAUGGAUAUGCCUGCUGUGGAGAAAUUGCCGCUGUCCGAGAUUCUCCAGUCCAGCCUGGAUCUGUCUGAAGUGGACGACAAUGAGGUCCAGCAUUUCAAGGAGCUCAGGCAGCAAAUGAUCCAGAUGGACAGGGCAGAUCUUGGGCACACCACGCUGGUCAUUUUACCGCAACACCACCUAGGGGCAGCAGAGGGCACCAGAUCUCACAGAACUCGUCCCCCAUCCAUCAAGAGGGACAAAGAGUUAACAAGAGGAAUGUUUCCAGAGCUUCCUCCAUCUGAUGUGCAGAACUGGAAGAGAUCAGAGGAGAGAAGAUUGGCUGCCAUGAGGGAGUUGAAUGAGAAACAAGCCUCACUAGAACAAAAAAGGAAAAAUGAAGAACUGUUGCAGGAGUGGAGAAACCAGGCCAAGAUCAUGCAGGAGAGGAAAAUACUGGAACACAAGCAGGACAGGAGUGAGAGUCAUCAGAAAGAAGAGUGUUUGAAGAAUGCUCCUAACUCCUCCAGUAAUCCAAACAACACUGGCGAGGCUCUGAAUAAUGAUUCACACAGCGAAGCCCAUAACACUCAACAGUCAUCAUUAAGAACAUGCAAGGAAAUAGAGGAGGCCAGAGAGGCAAGAAACCGAGAACUUGAGCAGCACAUCAGGACUCAUGUUCAGAUGAUGCAGCAGAGACGCAGAAGAUCCCGAGGCCCACCUGCGGAGGAGGCAAAAGCAGUGGCUCAGGAGAUGGAAGAGGUAAAACACCUGCAGGUGGAGCUUGCAAAAAGGAGACAGGCGAAAGAUCCGGAGUAUCGUCUGAGUGCCUUCACUGGGGAAAGUGCUUAUGAUAAAUAACAUGACUCGACCCACAUGUGAUGAGACACAACCUGUACAGACUGUUUGAUUACAGGCCAUCACAGUGUCAUGUGUAAAAGUAAAAGUGGCUGGUUCAUUCCUGCUGAUGUCUUGAUAAAGAUGUUGAGUUUGACCAUA